GGUGCUAGUACGGUGGCCGGGAGGGAAAGCGGAAGCGGAGCGGCCAUGGCGGCGGCGGCGGCAGCGGCCCUGGAGCGGUGGGUAUCCGGGGAGCUGCAGGCGCUGCUGGGGCUGAGCGGGCGGCACGUCCCCGCUUUCCUGGUGGCGCUGGCGCGGCGGAGCCGCAGCGUGGAGGAGCUGUUGGAGCGGCUGCGGGAGACAGAGGCGCUGCGUGUGGAGGAGCCGCGCGUGCGCGCCUUCGCGCGGGAGCUCUGGGAGAAGGUGCCCCGCGAUGCCCCGCGGGAACCCCCGGGCCGAGCGGCCGAGCGGGCGGCGCUGGAGCUGCAACGCCGCAGCCAGGGCUACCGAUUGGUCGACAGCGACGAGGAGGGGCCAGGCCCCGCCCCCAGCUCCGCCCCUUCCCACGGCUCCGCCCCCAGCGCGGACGAUGCUUCCCGCCGACGCCGACGGCACCUUCGACGACGACGCUCCGAGUCGCCCGAGGCCUCCAGCCCCUCGCCGACGUCCCCGCCGGCUCCGGAGCCCCCCGAGGAACCGGAAGCGGAAUGGGAAGCGUCAGAGCGGGAACGGCUGCGGGACCUGGAGGAACGCGACGCCUUCGCCGAGCGCCUGCGCCGCCGCGACCGCGACCGAACGCGCACCGUCCUCGCCCGCCCCGACGCCAAGGCCUACGAAGAAGCCCAGAAACGCCUCAAAGUCGCCGAAGAAGAUCAAAAAACCAUGGUUCCCGAACUCCGGAAAAAAUCCCGCCGGGAAUAUUUAGCGAAAAGGGAACGGGAUAAGUUGGAAGAGCUGGAAGCGGAGAUCGCGGACGAGGAAUACCUCUUCGGGGAGGAGGCGCUGACGGGGGCGGAGCGGCGCGAGCUGGAGUACAAGCGGCGGGUGCGGGACCUGGCCCGCGAGUACAAACGGGCCGGCGAGAAGGAGAAGCUGGAGAAAAGCAACCGGUAUUACAUCCCCGAGGAGACGCGCGGCAAGAAGAUCCCCGAGCGCGAGGAGACGACGGGAGGGGAGGAAGAGCGGAUGGCCCCCCGGGACGAGCAGCGGCGAUGGGAGGAGGAGCGAAUCGGGGCGGCGUCCCUGAGGUUUGGGGCGCGCGAUGCCGCCCGCCGUCAGCCCCCCAAAGAUUACGACUUUGUGCUGGAGGAGGACGAGAUGAUCCAGUUCGUCAGCGCCGUGCAGAUGAAGGGCACCGAGCCCGAUAAGGAGGUGGCGGCGCCGGUGCCGGAGGCGGAGCGGCGGCGUCAGUCGGCGCAGGAGGUGCGGCGCAGCCUGCCCAUCUUCCCCUACCGCGACGAGCUGGUGGCCGCCAUCGCCCGGCACCAGAUCUUGGUCAUCGAGGGGGAGACCGGCUCCGGGAAAACCACCCAGAUCCCCCAGUACCUGCACGAGGAGGGCUACACGCGCCAGGGGCUGAAGAUCGGCAUCACGCAGCCGCGACGCGUGGCCGCCAUGAGCGUGGCCGCCCGCGUGGCCGUGGAGAUGGGCACCAAGCUGGGCAACGAGGUGGGGUACAGCAUCCGUUUCGAGGACUGCACCUCGGAGCGCACCGUGCUCAAGUACAUGACGGACGGGAUGCUGCUGCGGGAGGUCCUCACCGAGCCCGACCUCGGCUCCUACAGCGUGAUCAUGGUGGACGAGGCCCACGAGCGCACCCUGCACACCGACGUCCUGUUCGGGCUGAUCAAGGACAUCGCGCGGUUCCGUCCCCAGCUGAAGGUGCUGGUGGCCUCGGCCACCCUCGACACCCAGCGCUUCUCCGCCUUCUUCGACCAGGCCCCCGUCUUCCGCAUCCCCGGGCGGCGCUUCCCCGUCGACAUCUACUACACCAAGGCGCCCGAGGCCGAUUACCUGGAGGCGUGCGUGGUGUCGGUGCUGCAGAUCCACGUCACCCAGCCCCCCGGGGACAUCCUCGUCUUCCUCACCGGCCAGGAGGAGAUCGAGGCCUGCGUGGAGCUGCUGCAGGAGCGCUGCCGCCGCCUGGGCUCCCGCCUGGCCGAGCUGCUGGUGCUGCCCAUCUACGCCAACCUGCCCUCCGACAUGCAGGCCCGCAUCUUCGAGCCCACCCCCCCCGGCGCCCGCAAGGUGGUGGUGGCCACCAACAUCGCGGAGACGUCGGUGACCAUCGACGGGAUCGUCUACGUGCUGGACCCCGGCUUCUGCAAACAGAAGAGCUACAGCGCCCGCACCGGCAUGGAGUCCCUGGUCGUCACCCCCUGCUCCCGGGCCUCGGCGAACCAGCGCGCUGGCCGGGCUGGCCGGGUGGCUCCCGGGAAGUGCUUCCGCCUCUACACGGCCUGGGCCUUCCAGCACGAGCUGGAGGAGACGCCGGUGCCCGAGAUCCAA